CCUCGUCGCGCCGUCUCACACCGCCCGUCCGGGACGCGGCUCGCACCGGACCCCCCUCCCCGUGCCCGGCGACGCCCCCGGCCCCAUGCAAUCCCGGCUCCUGCUCCUCGGGGCCCCGGGCGGCCGCGGAGGCCCAGCUGCGCGGCGCGUGAGGCUGCUCCUGGGGCAGGUGGUGCGGCGCCAGCCGGGCGGCGACGCGCGGCGCUCGGAGGUCAAGCUGCUGCACGCCGGGGCGGGGGCCGACACAGGUGAUACAGUUAAUAUUGGAGAUGUAUCUUACAAGUUGAAAACGCCUAAGAGCCCGGAACUUGUGCCACAGAACUACUUUUCAGACUCUCUGGCUCAAUCAGUAAUACAACAUCUAAGAUGGAUAAUGCAGAAGGAUCUUUUGGGGCAAGAUGUCUUUCUAAUAGGACCUCCUGGGCCUCUUCGCCGCUCUAUUGCUAUGCAGUACCUGGAGUUGACCAAACGGGAGGUUGAAUACAUCGCCUUAUCAAGAGACACCACCGAAACUGAUCUCAAACAGCGUCGAGAGAUCCGCGCAGGCACGGCUUUUUACAUCGAUCAGUGUGCAGUUCGUGCAGCCACAGAAGGUAGAACUCUCAUUUUGGAAGGCUUGGAGAAGGUGGAGAGGAAUGUUCUUCCUGUUUUGAACAACUUGCUGGAAAAUAGGGAGAUGCAGCUUGAAGAUGGACGCUUCCUGAUGUCUGCUGAGCGUUACGACAAACUUCUCCAAAAUCAUACCAAAACAGAAUUGGAUGCUUGGAAGAUUGUCCGAGUUAGUGAAGAUUUCCGAGUGAUCGCCUUGGGCUUGCCAGUACCUAGGUACUCUGGGAAUCCAUUAGAUCCCCCGCUCCGAUCUCGAUUUCAAGCCAGAGAUAUUUAUUAUCUACCCUUCCAGGACCAACUUAAACUGUUGUAUUCAGUUGGAGCCAAUGUUUCUGCUGAGAAAAUUUCUCAACUCUUAUCCUUUGCCACCACUCUCUGUUCCCAAGAAUCUUCUGCUCUUGGACUUCCAGAUUUUCCUUUAGAUAGUUUACCAGCUGCAGUUCAAAUCCUGGAUUCCUUUCCUAUGAUGUCCAUCGAACGUGCAAUCCGGUGGCUUUACCCAUACACUGUUUUACUAGGACAUGAAGGGAAGAUGGCUGUGGAAGUUGUUUUAAAACGCUUUGAACUCCAAGAUUCAAGAAGCUCUCUGCUUCCUGAAGAGGUUGUGAGAGUGGAGAAGAUGACUGAAAACCAUGUCUUCCAAGCUUCUGUGACCAUCCGGAUUGCAGAAAAAGAGGUGACCAUUAAGGUGCCAGCUGGAACCAGGCCAUUAAGUCAACCUUGCACAUCAGACCGUUUUAUACAAACUUUAAGCCAUAAACAACUACUGGCUGAAAUGAUGCAGUCUCACAUGGUUAAGGACAUAUGUUUAAUUGGAGGAAAAGGUUGUGGAAAAACAGUCAUCGCUAAGAACUUUGCAGAUACCUUAGGAUACAAUAUAGAACCUAUCAUGCUCUAUCAGGAUAUGACAGCACGUGAGUUGCUACAGCAGAGAUACACGCUUCCAAAUGGAGACACUGCCUGGCGGUCUUCACCCCUUGUAAAUGCUGCUCUGGAAGGGAAGCUGGUCCUCUUGGAUGGCAUUCACAGAGUCAAUGCUGGUACAUUCGCUGUAUUACAAAGAUUGAUCCAUGACCGAGAGCUAAGCCUCUAUGAUGGCUCUAGGCUGCUGAGAGAAGACCGGUAUAUGCGUUUAAAGGAGGAGCUGCAAAUGUCUGAUGAGCAGCUACAGAAGAGAUCGAUUUUUCCUGUCCACCCCUCCUUCAGAAUCAUUGCCUUAGCAGAACCCCCUGUUACUGGAAGCACGGCACAGCAGUGGCUGGGACCAGAAUUCUUAACCAUGUUCUUUUUCCAUUACAUGAAACCACUUGUCAAAAGUGAAGAAAUCCAAGUGAUUAAGGAAAUGGUCCCAAAUAUGCCUCAGGAAGCUUUGGACAAAUUGUUAUCAUUUACACACAAACUCAGAGAGACACAGGAUCCAACAGCGCAGUCAUUGGCAGCAUCCCUUUCUACCAGACAGCUGUUGAGGAUUUCUCGUCGGCUGUCACAGUACCCUAACGAAAAUCUUCACAGUGCUGUCACUAAAGCCUGUCUUUCCAGGUUUUUACCAAGCCUUGCAAGGUCAGCAUUAGAAAAAAAUCUGGCAGAUGCUGCAAUAGAAAUAAGUACUGAUAAUAACCUGGAGCCAGAAUUGGAGGAUUACAAAUGUGAAGUCACAUCUGGAUCUCUGAGGAUUGGAGCUGUUAGUGCACCGAUCUAUAAUGCCCAUGAGAAAAUGAAAGUGCCUGAUGUUCUGUUCUAUGACAACAUCCAGCACAUGAUAGUGAUGGAAGAUAUGCUCAAAGACUUUCUUCUUGGAGAACACCUAUUAUUGGUUGGGAACCAGGGUGUAGGAAAGAACAAGAUUGUUGAUAGAUUCCUUCACCUGCUCAACAGACCUCGAGAAUAUAUCCAGCUGCACAGGGACACCACGGUCCAGACCCUUACUCUUCAGCCUUCUGUUAAAGAUGGACUUAUUGUGUAUGAAGACUCACCUUUGGUUAAAGCAGUAAAAUUGGGUCAUGUUCUGGUAGUAGAUGAAGCAGACAAAGCCCCAACAAAUGUCACCUGUAUUUUAAAAACUCUAGUAGAAAAUGGAGAAAUGAUUCUAGCAGAUGGAAGGCGCAUUGUUGCAAAUUCUGCAUUAGUCAAUGGAAGAGAAAAUGUUGUUGUGAUCCAUCCUGACUUUAGGAUGAUCGUUCUGGCCAACAGACCUGGAUUUCCUUUCCUAGGCAAUGAUUUCUUCGGCACCUUAGGUGAUAUUUUUAGCUGCCAUGCAGUUGAUAAUCCCAAACCCCACUCGGAGCUCAAGAUGCUCAGGCAGUAUGGCCCCAAUGUGCCCGAGCCCAUCCUUCAGAAGCUCGUGGCUGCCUUUGGAGAGCUGAGGAGUUUAGCUGACCAGGGCAUUAUUAACUAUCCUUAUUCUACCAGAGAAGUUGUCAACAUAGUCAAGCAUUUACAGAAAUUUCCCGCUGAAGGUCUCUCCAGUGUGGUUAGGAAUGUGUUUGACUUUGAUUCCUACAACAACGACAUGCGGGAGAUUUUGAUUAACACUUUACACAAAUACGGGAUACCUAUUGGAGCAAAACCUACUAGUGUGCAGCUGGCAAAGGAGUUGCCUUUGCCACAGCAGACCUUCAUGGGCUAUUGGACAAUUGGUCAGUCAAGAAAUGGAAUGCAAAAACUAUUGUGUCCAGCAGAAACUCAUCGCAUAGAUGUAAAGGGUCCAGCACUUAUAAACAUACAGGAGUAUCCAAUAGAAAGACAUGAAGGAAGAUCCCAAACCUUUACUGAAGAAUGUGCCUCCUGGAAGUUACCAUUGGAUGAAAUUAACCUAAUCUGUGACAUUGCUACAUCACAUGAAAAUGAGGAAAAUACUCUCUAUGUAGUUGCAUGCAAUCCCGUUUCCUUAUACUUUAUGAAUAUGACUGGGAAAAGCGGCUACUUUGUGGACCUUUUUGACAUCUUCCCAAGAGCGGCCAGUGGAGUCUGGCACCCAUUUGUGACAGUGGCGCCGCUGGGAAAUCCCCUCAAGGGUCAAGUGAUUCUCCAUGAGCAGCAGAGCAAUGUCAUCCUGUUGUUGGAUACCACUAGCCAAGCCCUUCAUCGUCUCAUCUUACCUUCAGAAGAGUUUACACUUAAGAAAACUUCCUGGUGGAACAAGGAGGAAGCUGAAACUUACAAAAUGUGUAAAGAAUUUGCACACAAAAACUGGCUAGUAUUCUACAAAGAAAAAGGGAACGCCCUGGCUGUGCUGGAUGUUCUAGAAGGGCGAACUCACACCAUCUCACUUCCCAUCAACCUCCAGACAGUUUUUCUCGUAGCAGAAGACAAAUGGCUUCUGGUGGAGAGCAAAACACAUCAGAAAUAUCUUUUAACUAAGCCUGCACACAUCGAAUCUGAGGACAGUAGGGUUUGCCAGUUGUAUGUGCUGAAAGAGGAGCUGCCUAGCACAGGGUUUGGAGUCACACAAGAAACAGACUUCAGCAUACCUCAUAAAAUUUCAAGUCAUCAACUAUCAUCUGAAAAUCUGAGUUCAGCUGUGGGACAAAAGAUUGCCUCUCCUAACCGAAUUCUUGCAGAUGAGAAUAGUUAUGCUACAGUCGUUGUUGGUUUCCCAGAUCUCAUGUCACCUAGUGAAGUUUAUUCUUGGAAAAGGCCAACGUCUUUGCAUAAAUCGAGGGUCACUGAUACAUUCUAUGGAGGGAAGAAGAAAAUUGGAACUCCAAAGCAGAGCAAUUGUGUGACGCUUUUGGAUAUUAAUCAGAUAGUCAGGAUUUUGCCCCCAGGAGAAGUCCCUCUAAAAGAUAUCUACCCAAAAGAUGUUAUCCCUCCACAAACAGCUGGUUAUAUAGAAGUCACUGAUCUCCAAUCAAAGAGACUCCGAUACAUCCCUAUUCCUGGGUCAGACUCUCUCUCACCAUAUACCACGUGGCUAUCUACUAUCUCGGACACAGAUGCACUGCUGGCUGAGUGGGGCAAAGGUGGCGUUGUCACUGUUGACAUGGGAGGUCGCAUCCGGCUUUGGGAAACUGGACUGGAACAUCUGCAGCGGUCACUCAUGGAAUGGAGAAACAUGAUUGGACAAGAAGGUGACAGACUUAUGCAGGCUCGGAUCACCGCAAAUCCCUGAGUGACGUGGACACAGAUACCAGAGGAACAGUGAGCAAACAUCACGGCCCAUUUGAUGCAAGCAGGAAGCCCAGAGGGCAAAUCCAGUUCAACAACAACUAUCCCAGGAAAACAGGGGAGUGUACACCAGACCAGAGGCAGGAGUACGAGCUGGGUCUGGGACCACCAGAAACGUACAGGCUGGGAGAUUUUCAGAAGACAGCGUGUGAUUUACUUUCAGUACAGUCUUGCUGGCGUGGGACUUUUUAAAAGCAGUUGAAAGAAAGCUCACCUUCUUGGCAACCCUUGGUCUGUCUUAAGCGUAUCUGUAGCAUAUUGUAAGACAAGCUUAAGGGAAGCAAAUGGUGUUUGGGGGGGAGUAAUGCAAUAAGGAGUCACCUGAAUAGGGGGAAGCAGGCCGUGUGAAGGCCCAGUGAGAUUUUUUAGGUUCCCUGUGCCCAGGAGCUGCUGAAGGUCAUUGAAUAAGGAAAGUGUAUGGAGUAGUGAAGGAUGUAUUAGGAGGAUGGACUUGGUAGUGAUGUGAGGUCUGGAAAAGAGCCCUGAGUGGAGCAGCCAACCGGGAGGCUGAGGUAUGGCCAGAUGUGAGCCGAUGGCGAAAGGCCAAAUAGGGACCUGGAUGUAGGCGUUCUGCAUGUCUCUAGUGUGGGUGUCUGGCAGACCAUUGAAGGAGUCGGGAGAGCAGAGAGGAGAGAGGGUUAGGGCAUUUUAAGUGUGCUGAGUUUGAAGUAAUGGUGAGAUAUUCCAUUGACAUUGCACAGUCAGUAAUUGGAAAAUAACAAUUGGACUCGAACUUCAAGCUAGCAAGAGUUCCAGUGAUCCUUAGCAUGGACGUUUUCACUGAAACCAUGAAAAUGGUUAGCUGCUAAGGAGAGUAGAGAGAUCAAGCAAAAUGAUCAGGACAAAUAAGCUAUUUAGAAAUACGUAGAGUCAGAUGUUCCUGAAAGCAUAUUCUCAGAACCCUUUUUAGUCAGGAAUCCGUGUCCACACUGUUGGAAAAUACUGUAUAACCUAGAAGACGCUUAGAGGUGAAGUUACAAUUAGUAAAUAUCUGGCUUUGAGAAGUCCCAGUAAAGAAACCUCGUUAAUUUGUUUAACCCAAUAGUCCCUAAAUGUGUUCAAAAUCUUUUUAAUACUUUAGCAAGUUGCUGGUCUCUAUAUUCCUGGUUUUCUUUGCUCCAGUUCACCGUGGACCCUCUAUAGUAGGUCUCUUAGGACAAGAGCCUUAUGCUAAUUCUAAUCCUGACUCAUGAUACAGCCUUGUUGCAUGGCAUUUAUGACUAAAGAGAAUAUAUUUGGAAGGCUAGGGUUAAGUUGACAGUUAAAAGAAUAGUUUCUCUCCAUACCUUUGAAGAGAGGACCUAUUAUUUCAUGUGAUUCCAUAUUCAUUAUGGAAAAAGAAAAGGUACGGAAAGUGACAAAAAUUCAGCUCACACUAACUUAAACUACAAAAGGGGGUUUAUUGGCUUAUAUAACCAGGAAGUCCCCAGGCUUUAGGCACAGCUCAAACCAAAGGCUCAACAUGUGUCACGGGACACAGACUCUGUCCUCUUCUUUAUGCUUUUUCUGAGGUGGCUUUAUUCUUACAGUCUUUCUCCAUCUGGCGGCAAAGAUGGCCCUGGUAGCAUUAGGUUCUGCAUGGUUCUCAUAGCUGGUAAUCCCAACCAAAAGGGAGUGUCUUUGCCAGUAAUUUCAUCAGAAGUCCUCAGAAGUGCUCCAGCUGGUCUUUGAGAUCUCAUGCCCAUCUCUGAACCGAUCACUGUGACCAAAAUGAUGGGAUACUCUUAAGUGGUCAGACCUAGGUCAUGUCUCCACUUCUAGAGUUUGGGAUGAGAGAGAACUGUAUCAGUCCCAUCUGAACCACGUGUUAGGAAUAAAGGAAAUACCCCAGGAGAAAUACUGACUAAGCAAAAAACAUGACCGUGUGUUUUGGUUUUUUUUUUUGUAAUUUUGACGGCUCCCUUCCAAGUGACAGCUGAUGACCUUCCAGUUUAGUGUUUCCUGGAGGCCAAGACUAUUGUCAGGUUUAUUUUGUUUUGCACUCGGGAUGACAUUCAUGAAACAUGACCCUUAUCAAAUGCAAAAUGAUGAUAAUUAGGCCAGUGAUGAUUAUAUAGCAUCCAUUAAAUUUAUCUUCUGUUUAAUUCCUAGACUGAAUACCUCAAAAGUAUGUGCUUGGUUUUCUAAGUACACGUAGGGCAGAAAUAAAUAUUCUAGUUACAGUUUUCUUAUGAGAUUUUCCAGUUGCCAGGGUUGUGAAUGAAAUUGUCAAGUCUUUCUUGACAGUGCUCUGAUGAUAUUCCAGUGGGUUUCCCCCCCCCAAUGAAAAGAAUUCACUAAUAUUGAAUAAUUUUCAUUAUUUUUUCCUUUUAUAUACAUCUGUUGUAAAUGCUAUUAAAGCCCUAUAUUUCACAUUGCUGGUAUGGGUUGAAUAAUCCUUUCCGUAAAGAACAACGACAUCUAUAGAGCUCUAGUAGGGAAAUCUAAAACUUAAAUAUGUUUUGUGCUAGCUGAAGGGAAGAAUGCUGCAUUUGAUUGGGAGUCAUCAUGACCUCAACCACUCUGCCAUCAUAUUUACAUAAGAGUCAUUGCCCGGAAGGAGAAAACCCUGACAUAAUGUCAGAAACAAAUUCAUGUGUUCUGAGUCUGAUUUGAGUUAACCCGUAGAACCCCCAACAAAUACAUAAGGCUAUUUCACAGCAAUAAAUAAUAGCUAUUAUUGUUACUCUGGCUCUCUUAAUACUAAAAUAUGAUUUUUUUCCUAACCUGUAGUCCAUAAUUACUUAGAAGUGUAAAAAUAGGCUGCAUGUCUCUCUGGUAAGGAUAAGCUUCUGACUGCUCUCAGGAGUAAAUAGCAACAGACCUGAUGAUUCUGAAUAUAACUCUUCCUCUCACCGAAACUCAGGUUGAGAAAUAUUUAGAUAGAUUUAUAG